CAAUGUUUUUUCAACUACAAGUAACAUCGAAAUUUUGACCGUUUUUGACCUUGCCAUGCUAAUUUCGUGUACUUCACAAGAACAAGCGCCUCUAUUAGGCCUACUUGCCAAUUGAUACGACAUCUCAGUUCAGAAUUUCUUCUUUGUUUGCUGCCAUAAUAAAAUACAUUUCACUGGGAAUCGAUCCUGGACCUCCGGUGUGCGAGUCAAAUAACCUAAUAUUAUCCCCUAACAACCGGAAAAAUUCAGCAAUUUAAAGCAAUCAGUAUUGUUAAACCAAUUCAUUGGGACCAGACGUGUUAGUAGAAAGUGUAGUUGCUGUUGGAAAAUAUCAGAAUGCCUUCGCAAACGACAAUUGGGGAUCUAAUUUGCAUUUGCGAUGGACUUGCAUUUGUUUUGGCGACUAUGGUGUCGAAAAAAUUUUCAUCAAUUACGCCUAUGGAGUUUUUAUACGUGAGAUGUGUGAUGCAGCUAUUAGCAGUGUUUUAUGUGAAGUUUAGAAGCAGAAAUUUCACAAUAUUCUCAAAAGGGAAUACUAAACCAUUAAUGGCAACGGUGCUAACUGGCCUACUAGGAGUUGUGUUCAGUUUGGCGUACCUCUACUCGUUAGAAUAUAUCCCACCUGCAGACAUGUUCGCCUUCCACAAACUCAAAAUCAUAGUCACAGGCAUCACAUCUAUGCUCGUAUUCGACGAGAUCUUCGGAACACUAGAACUAGUGGCUGCCUCCAUUGUCAUAGCAGGCGAGUUGGUCCUCACCCAACCACCAAUCAUAUUCGGAGGUAGCAUGUCGGCCUACGCAGAUGCAACUGUGCUUAACUGGCUAGUGGCUCUCAGUUCAGUAUUCUCUUCCGGAUUCCAACCGGUGCUGUUAAGAUAUGCAUUAGCCAGGGGCACGAAGGACUUCAAGUCGGAUGCCUCGGACUACUUACUUCACUUUGGUCUGUUCGGUCUCACCAUCCUCAACAUGGUCGGCACCACAGCCACUCUCCAAAACAGAACUCAAAAAGACUUCGUAGUAAUGAUGGUCUACUCCGUCCUUGCAAUGAGUGGUUCUGCUCUCUUCAAAAUCAGCCUGGACUACAUCUCAUCAGCCAGAUAUGCUGUCAUUAACUGUGCUGUCGUGCCUCUCGCCUUCUUCAUGGAUGCUCUGGCUGGGACUGGAAACUUCAGGUGGUCCGGUCUGUGUGGAGCCUCGAUUGUGACUUUAGGAGUGAUGUUUUUCUCCCUCGUGCAAUACUACAGACAGCAGGGCAAGAUCAAAGGGGUGUGGCAAGUGUCUCUCAGAGGACAGCAGAAGUUCAUCAAGAUAGAACACAGUUGAACAACAGGUCAAAUGAUCAAAUGCAAUUGCUGUUGUUUAUUGUAUAGCUAGUAACAAAUUUUUGACCAAUCUUUUUUAUUUUUGCCCAAUCUUUUUAAUUUUUGC